AUGGCUGAUGAUACUGUCUCCGCGCCCGUUGGCGACAACGACCGCGCCGAGCAGAUUGACUCCAAGUCCGAGAAAGUGACUGUCUCCGACGACAAGACUACCGAAAGCGCAGUCGCGACCGACAAGCCCGAGGCUGAAGCUACUGCUGAAACUGAGAAGCCUGCUUCCGAGGCUCCGGAGGCCAAGGCCGAUGGCGACGCUGAAGCUGCUCCUGCCGAUGAGGCUGUGCCCGCGGAGGCCAACGGAACCCCUGCUUCUGCUAAGAAGUCUGCCAAAAACCGCCGCGUCUCUUCCGGUGCUACACCAAAGCUGAACCGAAAGAAGUCUCAGAGUCGCAUCACUCACCUCGACGCCAAGCCGGGCCAAUACUAUCUUGCGCGCCUGCGCAGCUAUGCGCCUUGGCCUUCUAUCAUUUGUGACGACGAGAUUCUACCCGAGAGCCUUCUCGAGGCCCGUCCUGUCACUGCCAUGCAAAAGGAUGGCUCUUACAAGGGUGAAUAUGCCGAUGGUGGUCGCCGCACUCAUGAGCGCACUUUUCCCGUCAUGUUCUUCGCCACCAAUGAGUUCGCUUGGGUCCCCAACACAAACCUGACUCCCCUCGAUCCUGCCGAAUGCAAGGAUAUUUCUGAGAAGAACAAGACCAAACAGCUUAUCACUGCCUACAAGGUCGCAUCUGAGGGCCACGAUCUCAAAUACUUCAAGAAGGUUAUCAAUGAUCAUCAGGCAGCCAUUGAGCAGGAAGAAGCCGAGCUCGAGGCUGAGGAAGCCGAGAAGGAGGCAGCCAAGGCUGCUAAGGAGGCCAAGAAAGGCAAGCGCAAGUCCAAGGGCGCUGAGACUGAUAUCGAAAUGGAGGACGCAGAUGAUUCCAAGAAGACCAAGUCUGCCUCAAAGAAGCGUAAGAAGGACGUUGAGACUGAUGCAGAGGCUGAGAAGCCGGCUAAGACUCCCAAGACCAACACGAAGCUCAAGUUGACUACUCCCAAGGCUCCCGCCGAGGAAAAGAAAACCCCGGCCAGCAAAAGAAAGGCGCCUGCCAAGAAGGGAAAGGCCGCUGCUUCCCCUAGCGACGACGACAACAGCGCUGAUGCGAAGGAAUCAGAGAAGCCCAUUGACCCCGAGGAGCUCAAGAAAAAGAAGGAGAAAGAAAGUACGCACACCCCUAUUCCCAGGCCCCCUAUCCCUUUUCACAAGCUCCCCUUUGCCCUGCGUGCCGACCAGGAUCACUUAUACCUUACAGUUCUGUUCCUCCGCCACAAGCUCCAGAAGGGCUUCAUUUCCCGCGAAACACCUCCCAAGGAAGAUGAAAUGGCCAACAUGGCGACUUACUUUGACAAGUUGGAGAAGCACUCCGACUUGGAGGUGUCCAUCAUCCGGUCUACCAAGAUUAACAAGGUCUUGAAGAUGAUUGUUAAGCUGAAUGCGAUCCCCCGCGACGAGGAGUUCAGCUUCCGUCAACGCGCCAUGAGCAUCUUGUCGAACUGGAAGAAUGUCUUGGACGCAGAUACCCCCGUUCCUGCUGACAAGAGCGACAAGCCUACCGCCAACGGAUCUAAGGAGGAGGAUGGCGCCGAUACCCCGAAGCUGGAGACCGAAGAGGAGAAGGAGCCCGAGUCCAAGUCGGCCAAGGAUGACGCUGAUUCACUGAUGCCUGAUGCGGAGGCAGAGAAGGCUCUUGAGCCCGCGAAGGAGGUUGCAGAUAUCGAGAAGCCAACCGAGGAAUCGACAGAGAAAACCGAAAAGCCUGCUGAAACUGAGGACAAGCCAGCCGAGGAGCCAGCUGCGGAGGCUGCUGCUUAA